UAUUUCUCCUUCAUGUGACGCCUCCGGGGAGAACGCCGCCCGACCUCUCCGUCUAAAAGGAGCCCAUCGGUCAUUCCAAGAUGGCGAAGAGCUGCUACGAAUGCGCGGAGAAGAACCCCGCCCACAGCCUGUGCACGCGUUGUAACAAGUGGUUGUGCAGCACCUGCGCGGAGCAGCACCGGCACAGCAAGGGGAGCGGAGAACAUUAUCUGCAGCAAAGGACAGGGACUGACGGCGGCUCCGGGAACCCCAUGUAUUGCCCCCUCCACACCCAGGAGACGCUGAAGUUAUUCUGCGAGUCGUGUGACAGUCUGAUCUGCCGCCAUUGCCUCGUCCUGGAGCACAAGGAUCACAGGUUCCGGAGGCUGGAGGAGGCUCUGCAGAAUCAGCGGGUUCUGCUGGAAAAUGUCGUCACGCAAGUGGAGGAGAAGAAAAUCGUUGUGCAAGCAGCCGGGAAGCAGAUAGAGGACCGGUUGUAUGAAAUAAAACACAUGCAGAGGAAGGUGGAGAACCAAAUCAAGAUGACGAAGAUGGUGAUUAUCAACGAGCUGACCAAGAGGAUGAACUCUCUGCUGGAGCAGCUGGAGAAAAUCACCAGUGAGAAGCAGCAGAAGUUUGAGCAGCAUUUGCAGUCAGUGCUGGUUCUGAACCGCCAGCUGGACCACGUCCAGAACUUCAUCAACUGGGCCAUGUACAGCAAAAACAGCGUCCCCUUCCUGUUCAGCAAGGAACUGAUUGUGUUCCAAAUGCAGCGACUCCUGGAGACCAGCUGUGGGGGGGAUUUCGGACGCCCCUUGAAGAUGAAGUUCAGUUGGGAGCCGUCCGUCUGGACCAAAAAUAUAUCAAAUUUGGGUUGUAUACUGACGGAUCCUGCGCACUUAGCGCCCCCGGAGGUCCCCAGCUACGCACCAGUAGAAGACCUUCAGUCAUCGUACUAUCAGGGUCAUCACCAACCCAACACCCCCCAUCUGACCCCCCUUAGUAACACCCAGAACUUUACCCCCACCGUCCAGAUCCCCACCCCGGUCUGCUGCGCCCACUGCCACACCCUGCCGUCCGUCACCAAGAGCCAACCGGUGAACAGCACCAUCAGCCACCACGUCAACUUCUCCCACUCCACCACCAUCAAGCAGCAGGCGGUGCAGCCCCUACAGUAUAGCGCGGCCAAGGAGCAGAAAUGUCCCUCCCGCCCCCUGAGGGUCAUCCAGCCGUGGUUGACUCAGCAGCCGCACAGCGAACAGGACAGCGCCUCCUUCUGGUCAGAGAGCCAGCAGCAGAGAGGGGCCACCGUCCAGCCCACCGUACAGAGCGUUGCCCCCAUCUGCGCCGUGACCACUCAGGAUUUCAGCCAAGUACACACGACCAUCCCGCUGACCACGGCCGCCACCCUGCAGGCCCCGUCUGUGCAGAUGCAGCUGGGCCCGGUGCACAGCGUCAGCCAUGUGCAGCAACAGCAGCGGCACCAGGUUCAGGCCCCCGCUGGGCUCGGCUCCUCUGACCCCACCCACGAGCAAGUCAUGCACAACAGCCUGGACAUCAUCAACCAGCAGUUUGAGCUGGAGCAGAUGCAGAAGGGCCUGGAGCUUCUCCUGCAGAGCCAGCCGUCCAACGUCCAGAUCCACCAGAGCAAACAGCCGCAACACGUCCAGCAAACCAUCGUGGGCCAAAUCAACUACAUCGUGCGCCAGCCGGCCCCGGUGCCCCUGCAGAGCCAGGAGGACGUGGCGCCGGUGUGUGAUGACCCCAUAUCUCCGGGAGGUCACACGGUGGAUCUGUCGCCCGUCGCCAGCCAUUCUCCCGUCAACAUCCAAGCCCAGUCAAUAGCCGAUGAGAUCAUCGCCGCGGUGGAGAACGACGCCUGUCGGCGGAACCAGCUCAACGCCAGUCCCGCCAGGAAGCGCUCGGCCUCGGAAAGUUUCUCCGAUUCCCCGGAGCCAGACUUGCCGUCGCCCCGCCUGCCGCGCCCGGAAGACCCCCAGAUGCAGCCGGUGCCCUGCCAGUUUUUCGGGCAGCCGGCGGACAGAUGCUACGGCGCCGACGUGGAAGCGGAGAGGAUCGCUGCCUUCGGGCAGGUGGAAGCAGCUGUGAGCGAGAGCAUGCACUUAGAAUCCGGCGAUCACCUAGCAACAGGGGGCGCUCUCCUGGGGAACGCUGUAUGUAAGAUCGAGAACCAGAAUUUCAGCUGCGGUGAGCCUCCCGCUGAACCCCCUCUGCCCAAUGACAACAACGGCUCCGCCCUUAGCGACAUCGUCCUGCCGCUGGAAAAUAUCCUCGAAGAACCCAUAAAUCUGUCUCUAAAAAAAAGUUUUCCAACCGAACCGCCAGCCGCUCCCAGGAAAACCUUUCCUCCUCCCCGACCUGUUAUCAACAAGGAGAUAAAAAACGAGGCUGAUUCUGAAAACCGCUUCAAGCCGCGCUAUUCUGGAGUCACGAAGACCCAACAAGAAGCUCCAAGGCCGGAACCCAAAGAAACCAAAAUCCCGUAUGUGCGUCUGGAACGUCUGAAGAUCUGUCCUCAGGACUCGGGGGAGCUCCCCACCUUCAAGGUGCAGCCGCAGAAGAAGGACGAAGACGGCUCGCUGCGCUUACUGGUUAAAUACGGGGCGAGGUCUAGAAGCCUGUCCAUAAAGGUGAACACAGAAAACCCUCCCCCGCCCUCCGCCUCCAGCGAGCUCCCGCAGCAGGCCCCGAUAUCAUACGCUAUGGACUUCUCCCGACCCACGCCCAAUCCUGUGCCGCCGCCGCCACCGCCGCCGAAACCCCACCUCUACCCGCGUAUUCACUCGUACACAGGCGGGACGGGUCAGGAGAUCCGACAUAUGGCCGUGGAAGAAGAACCGAGCCAGAAAUGUGAAACCAUUCCGGGGCCCCAACCUAUGAGGAGGUCAGAGGGCCCCGGGGGCCACAUAGAGAAUGAAGACUUCUGUGCGGUUUGUCUGAACGGAGGGGAAAUGCUGUGCUGCGACAAUUGUCCCAAGGUCUACCACCUGUCCUGCCACGUCCCGGCUCUGCUCAGCUUCCCAGUCGGGGAAUGGGUGUGCACGCUGUGCCGCAACGAGAAGAAGCCGGAGGUGGAAUACGACUGCGAUAACGUUCGAUAUAGCCGGGACAAUAAAAUAGAGGAGGGGAUGUUACCGCACCUGGACCCCUGCAAUCAGAGGAAGUGUGAGAAGUUGGUCCUCUCUCUGUAUUGUAACAGUCUGAGUGUCCCCUUCCAGGAGCCGGUCAGCCCUCUGGCGCGUCACUAUUACCAGAUUAUCAAGAGGCCGAUGGACCUGUCAAUCAUCCGGAAGAAGCUGCAGAAGAGGCACAUCCCCCAUUACUCCGCCCCCGAGGAGCUGGUGUCCGACAUAAGGCUCAUGUUUUGGAAUUGCGCUAAAUUUAACUAUGAAGAUUCGGAGGUGGCCGAAGCCGGCAGGAACCUGGAAGUGAUCUUCGAGGACUUGCUGAAGGAAGCUUAUCCCGGCCGUGUCUUUCCCUUCCCCCAGGAAGACGACUCGGAAUCCGAGGAAAUCGGGGCCGAGAACUGCCACAUGAAGGGCUUCCAUUGGCCGUCCUACGGAGGGGAGUGCCCCCAGCCCAAAAGAAGGCGGCGUCACACCAUCAGCCAGAAAGCCAAAGACUUCAGCCUGUGCUAGUUCUGGGGAAGAAACGAGCCGGGAUCAUCACGGGGGACUGGUUAAUGCCAUCCAGGCAACGCUGCAGCUGUGCUAAAGUCACAAGAUCCUUUCAAUUUAAACCGUCGCAGCCCAAUUCAGCAGGCUUUUUAUGGUGCUCAUAGAUGGGCCUACCUCUUCUUCUGUAUGUGUGCCGUAAACCUCUCCGGAUGCUGUAGAACGCUCUCGGCAUACAUUUUCCAAGGGCGUUCACCGGCGUGCACAAGGAUUUAGCCGGCCCGGUCAGAUGUAGGAGAUAUAAUAAGGACAAUUUGAUUUAAUAUUAUUUUUUAUUAUGUAUUUAUUAUUUGUUUUACAAAUACUGUGGUACAGCAGUAGCUGUUUGCUUUCAGACUGUCUCUCUCUAAUUGAAAAUAAUACUGCCAUGCCUUUAAAAAAAUAAGGCGGGGGGGGGGGGGCAAUACUUGGGAUUUUGGAGCACUCUGAAUACAUUUUCCAAGGGCAUUCACCGGCAUUUACAAGGAUUUAGCCGGCCGAUCAGAUGUAGGAGAUAUAAAAAGGUCAAUUUGAUUUAACAUUUUUUUUACUUUGUAUAUACAAUCUUUGUUUUACAAAUACUAUAGUACAGCAGUAGCUGUUUGCUUUCAGACUGUCUCUCUCUAAAUUAGAAAAAAAUAAAAAUACUGUCCUGUCUACAAAAAGAAAGACGAAAAGGGGGGCUUUUAUUUGGGAUCUUGGAAUACGUAGCAUACUUUUUCUAAAGGGCAUUCAAGGAUUUAGCCGGCCGAUCAGAUGUAGGAGAUAUAAAAAGGUCAAUUUAAUUUAACAUUUUUAUACUUUGUAUAUACAAUCUUUGUUUUACAAAUACUAUAGUACAGCAGUAGCUGUUUGCUUUCAGACUGUCUCUCUCUAAAUUA